AUGGGCCGUUGGAUUUUGUUCUGCGUCCUCGCCGUUCUUGCCGUCCUCCCCAGCGCCCACCUCUCAUAUGCGCACGAAUGGAAGGAGGGACAACCACAAAAGUGUAGCAAGCUGCUGACACGCAAAGAAUGGCGGACAUUGACGAAUAGCGAGAAAGCCGAGUGGGUAGGAGCUGUCAAGUGCUUGGCAAGCAUACGACACGAACGGCUAUCCUUUACGAAAGACCAGACGGUGCUUGAGGGGAAGGGGAGCCUAUACGACGACUUCUCUUACUCGCACGCAUUAGUGGAGCACAGCGCGCAUAGGAAUGCCUACUUUUUGCCGUGGCAUCGCUGGUUCACCUACCUAUUCGACACCUCCCUCCGGCACACUUGCGGGUACAAUGGGCCAACACCAUACUGGGACUGGUCACGCGAUCACGCAGACCUGUUCAGCUCGCCAGUGUUCGAAGACUCACCGGAGUACGGGCUGGGCGGAACGGGGGACUGCGAUUCCUCCCCCGAGGCGGAUUGUACCGUCACUACCGGCGCUUUUUCCCCGUCCACUGGGAACUUCGAGCUUUCCUGGCCAAUCCCACACCCGCUGCGGAGGAAUUUGACGCUCAUAACCGGCUGGUUCCCCCAUGAGCUGCCUCAAAACCGCACCCUCGGCCCAGACUUCGUGCGAAACUCGACCGAGCAAACCACUGGCGACUUCUUCAGGUUCCAGCACGCAAUGGCACUACUGCAUAACCACGUACACAAUUUUGUUGGGGGCGACUUGGCGGGAGACUGCCCGAAGGUCCUGCCGCAGGAGGAUUGCCAGGAGAUGGCACUCAGCUUCACGCCUAAUGACCCGCUCUUUUGGCUGCAUCAUGCACAACUUGACCGGUUGUGGAGUGAGUGGCAACGCCACCACCCAUCCAACUUUGCCGCCUUCUCCGGCAUGCCCGUAACCCCGCACAAUAUGACAGACCCACGCUACGACUUUGGCGCGCACGCAGAUCAUCAGAUGUCCUUCGACGUUCAGAGUGUGCCCGUGACGCCGAGGAAGGUGUUUGAUACGGAGGUUUGGCCGUUGUGUUAUCGGUAUGCGGAUGAGGAGUGA